AUGGGAUAUAGAAUUAUUUUAAGAGAUGAUCCAUUAGAUUCAAGUUUUGAGUGGGCACCACCAAUAAAAAUUGUUGCUGUUGUGACAUUAAUUACCUCAACUCUUGAUCUUUUAGCUGACUUUUUGAUGUGUGCCAAAAUUGCUGAGCAUAUGGAAAAUUUUCAGUCUGACAUUGCCUUUAAAGCAGCUAAUGGAUUUUUUUUAUUUACUGGUAUCUCCAUAUUGGUUUAUAUUUUUGAGAUGACUGAUGUUUGUUUGACAUUAAAAAAUGAGGUUGAAGAUAUUCAAAUGGCUAGAUUGGCUAAAUCAAUGGUUUUAGCAUUAGAAGAGGUACCAUUACCAAUAUUUUUAAAUAUUAUGUAUACUAAUGAACCAAGAAUGUCUUUAUCAACAACAGUCAAUAUUGGGUCAUGGAUAAAAUUAGUAACUUUAUGUUGGGGUUUAGUUAAAUUUACCAAACUACGCUUUUUGUGGUGUUGUCUUCCAAUGAAUCCUAAACAUGAUAUUAAUGAAAAUUUUAGAAGAUGUUUUGAUUUUACUUUAUAUCGGAUUGUUAUGGUAAUUGUAAAUUUUUGUCAUUUUACAGCAAUUUUUAUUUGUAUUAUUAAUAUUAUUGACUCGAAUCAAGGAGGUAAACCAAUAUAUGUAAAAGAUAAAUUUUAA